GCUCAGCACCUGCCAGGCUCCUGUGCUCUAACGCUGGCGUUGGUGCCAGGGCACCACAUGGAGCUGGCUCAGAAAUACGGCGCGCUGGCCGUGGCCCUGGAGCAUCGCUUCUACGGCGCCAGCAUCAACCCCGACGGCCUGCAGGACGCCAGCCUCCGGUUCUUGUCCAGCCAGCAGGCCCUGGCUGACCUGGCCUCCUUCCACCUCUUCGUCACUCAGAAGUAUAACCUGACACGGAACAACACCUGGAUCUGCUUUGGGGGCUCCUACCCCGGCUCCCUCGCCGCCUGGUUCAGGCUCAAGGUACCGGCCUGAGGAGCACUGGUGGGCUGUUGGUGCGUGGGGCUCUGCUGGACCCCUCGCCAGCAUCGAACCCACGACCUCGGGAUCUGAAAGCACAGACCUGUGCUGCUUCGCUGGCAUAGAGCCGGGACCUGGCCCAUGAGAGUCGAUACACGAUCCAGCCACUAAAGGGGGACACAGAGCCAGACGGCGAUAGCCCGGGGUCUAGCG